AUGAACCCCAAUUGGGAUGAAGAUGUUGAUAGUGAUGCAUUGCUUACCCCUAUUGCAUCUGAUGAAGAGGAUGGGGAACAUAAGAAGAAAUUUCCAGAGUUUAACCAAUUUAUAGACAUACAAAAAAAGAUUAAACUUGAAGUUGGAAUGAAGUUUUCCAAUCACAAAGUCUUUAGGGAGGCUGUACAACAAUAUGGGAUAGAAAAUGGGAUAGACUUUUUAUGGGUGAAGAGCGAGUCAAAGAGAAUUACAAUAAAAUGUAAGAAGGGAUGUGGAUGGAGGAUGCAUGCAAGUCAUAAUGAGGCAGAAAAUUCCUUCCAAAUCAAGACUUGGACAAAUAUAGAGCAUAAAGAUUGUGGGUGGAGUAAUAAGAAUACAAAGGCCAGUGCGAAGUGGUUAUCUCUCAAAUACCAAGACCAAAUAAGAGAUCAUAAAGGCAAGUGGGAAAAUGAACCUUUCAUAAACCAAGUUGCUAGAGAUCACAAGAUAUUUGUUUCAAGAUUUCAGGUGUACAGAGCUAAUAAAAUUGCAAUGGAAAAGCUCCAAGGAAGCCAUGCAGCUCAAUAUGGGUUAUUAUGGAAUUAUUGUGAGGCGGUAAGGCUUUAUAAUCCUGGAUCAACCAUGAAGAUGAAGGUUGAGGAUAAUCGAUUCCAGAGAUUAUAUGUAUGUUUAGACGCCCUGAAGAAAGGUUUAAAGUUUUGCAGACCUAUUAUCCAUCUAGAUGGAUGUUUUUUAAAGGCUGGUUAUGGAGGGCAAUUGUUGGUGGCUGUUGGAAGAGAUGGGAAUGAUAAUAUAUUUCCUAUUGCUUAUGCUGCAGUGGAGGCUGAGUUGAAAGAUUCAUGGCAGUGGUUUCUUGAUUUAUUACUUAAAGACAUUGAGGCGGAUCGACCGCCCGGCUACCUAGGGCAUUUGCCCAAGCUCUAG